CGUCGCUUUCGCAUCUCGACAGUCACCAAAAUACCUUCACCUACCGAUCAGAUAACAAAACCGAACCCCACGCCGUUUUCCUCUCCCUACAAUCUGAAUGCUCCCUCGCCUCUCGCCUCUCCUCCGCGCCACCCUCCCCGCCGACGCCAUGGCGGCGCGUGUCCUUUCACGCGCCGUCUGUACCUCCUCCCUCCUCGACGCCUACGGAUCUCGUUCGUAUUCGACUCCCUGUCCCGUUUCAGUUCGUUCCCAGGUCUCGUUCUCCCGCUCGUACUCUUCGGUAUUCGGUUGGAGGUUCCGUACUUUUCGUUGCAGAAAUGAGGUAGUUUCGGGAGAGUACCCGAAGGUUUUCGCGUCGCAGAGAGCAUAUAGGAAGGUGCAGCGGCGGCGGCGGCGGCCGGCGAAGAGCAAGGAGAAGGAGUUGGAACUCAAUGUCAAGAUUUGCAUUGAGGAGCAGUUGCCCGACGAUCCUGAGAUUCUGAAUAUUGCUGAAAUGCUCCGUCUAAAUGUUCCAAUGGCAAUGAAGUUAGCAUUUGAUGGUAUAAAAGAUUCAGUGUACAAAACAAGAGAUCCUGCUGUAAAUGACGUUGGUUGUUUUGAAGCUGUUGAGUUAUCAGUACUUCUUUGCAAUGAUGAUUUCAUUUGCAAACUGAAUAAGGAGUGGAGGGAUGAGGACCAUGCUACAGAUGUUCUUUCCAUGUCUCAACAUAUCCCAGAACUUAAGCUUCCAAUUCUCAUGUUAGGUGACAUUGUUAUUUCUGUUGAGACAGCUGCAAGACAAGCAGAGGAAAGAGGGCACACUCUCCUUGAUGAGAUACGCAUUCUCUUGGUACAUGGUUUGUUACAUCUCCUGGGAUUUGAUCAUGAGAUCAGUGAUGAGGCUGAAACAGAAAUGGAGAAGGAGGAGGAAUUUCUUUUAAAGAGCCUUGGCUGGAAGGGGAAAGGAUUAAUUCAGAGUGCUUAUGAUGCUGAAACCAAUGAAGGUCUUCUUAUGGACAAACCAGAUGGUAAUUUCUUUGUAUCAUUUCUAAGGAAGAAAACAGGAAGUUUGCGAUUUUACAAACCAAAGUUUAGCUAUAUUUUCUGUGAUAUGGAUGGCACACUACUGAACAGCAAAAGCCAAAUUACUUUAACAACUGCAAAAGCUUUGAGAGAGGCCUUGUCAAGGGGUGUCAAAGUUGUGAUAGCCACUGGUAAGGCUCGUCCAGCUGUUAUAAGUAUCCUUCAGAUGGUAGAUUUAGCUGGAAAGGAUGGCAUUGUUUCAGAAUUUUCCCCCGGAGUCUUCUUACAGGGAUUGCUUGUUUAUGGUAGACAUGGCCGUGAAAUCCUGAGAAGGAAUCUAGAUCCUAGUGUCUGCAGGGAGGCAUUUCUCUACUCCUUGGAGCAUAAAGUCCCACUUAUUGCGUUCAGCGGGGAUCAUUGCUUAACACUAUUUGAACACCCUCUCGUGGAGUCACUUCAUACCAUAUAUCACGAGCCAAAGGCGGAGAUCAUGCCUUCAAUUGAGUACCUCUUAGCUGGUUUUGACAUACAGAAGCUGGUCUUCUUGGACACUGCCGAGGGAGUGGCUGCUACUCUUCGGCCUUACUGGUCAGAAGCAACAGGAGAUCAUGCUUCUGUGGUGCAAGCUGUGCCUGAUAUGCUUGAAAUUGUCCCCUCUGGAACAUCAAAAGGGAUUGGAGUAAGAAUGCUACUUGAUCAUUUGGGUGUAACUGCGAACGAGAUAAUGGCCAUCGGCGACGGUGAAAAUGACGUGGAAAUGCUGGAGUUGGCAUCUCUGGGCGUGGCUCUGAGCAACGGAUCGGACAAGGCCAAAGCGGUGGCGAACGUGAUCGGUGCCAGCAACGACGAAGAUGGAGCAGCCGAUGCCAUCUAUCGUUACGCAUUCUGAAUCAGAGAAUCUUCGGACAUGUGAUGUGAGUGAAGCAGCAGCAGCGGAGACAAGGAGACAAGACCACCAACUCCCACCUAUCACCCACCACAUUCAAUGCAAUACCAAAUUUAUUAGCAGUAGACAAAGCAAAGCUUCUCACGCAGCAAAUGGCCAUGGAGAAAGCAAAGUUUCUCUCUGCAAUUAUCUUCGAGAUUUUAUAUAUAUAUAUAUAUAUAUAUAAUAUUAUUCUGAUUUUAUCUGUGAAGUCAACAUUUUUUUUUAAAUAAUAUAAUUUGUGACUAUUAAGUUCGCGAUUUUAA